AUGGGCACAAAGGCUUACUGGGUUCCGGAGCGUGGUGCUUCACGAGUUGCGACCUUCGCUUUCGAGUAUGCUCAAGCUCAUGGUCGGCGACAGGUCACUGCAGCACACAAGGCAAAUGUGCUGAGACUGUCCGAUACCCUGUUUCUGGAUUGUUGCCGGGACGCGGCAGCCAAGUAUCCAAACAUCACGUACACAGAGCAGCUUUGCGACUCACUGUUAACUAGCAUGGUAAUGGAGCCACGCCGCUGGGAUGUCAUUGUGUGCGAGAACCUCUACGGCGAUCUUGUGUCAGACUUGGCUGCCGGCCUGGUGGGAGGGCUGGGUUUGGCACCGUCGGCUCUGUACGGAGAUGCAGGCGUGGCAGUAUUUGAGCCUGCACACGGCAGUGCGCCAGAUAUCGCUGGCCAAGACCGCGUCAAUCCCACGUCCAUGCUGCUCUCAGCCUCACGAAUGCUUGAGUACCUUGGAAAACCUGGCGCGAGUCAUGCUCUUGAGGCAGCCCUUGCUGCCGUAAUAAGGGAGGGCGAAGACACAACACCUGAUUUGGGCGGAGCAGCAGGAACACAGCGCAUGGCCACAGCGGUCGCAGACAAGCCAGGAGACAGCCUGUCCGAGGUGCGCUAUCCAGCAGGCGUGUACUUGAAUGCCAGCUCGCUCUACGUGGUGGACUACGGAAACAGCCGUGUUCUGCAGGUGGCCAUGGGUUCCCCGACGGGACAGCGAGUUCCAGAAGGGGAGGUCCUUGAGUUGCCAAUCCUACCAACCACUGCGGCAGACAGCUUCUUUGAUAGCUUUGGGAAUUUCUACCGCGUGGACUAUGGCAACCAUCGCUUGACAGUCUGCCUUCGGCGGCUCACAUGUGUCUUCACAGCGUGCAGAGACGCAGUUCCUGCAGCCUUGCGUGGCCCAAGCUGCGGAUGCACAGAGGACCGUUCCGAUUGCCGAGAGGACUGGAUCCAUGCAUUGGUCAUUGGUCAGUGUCGCUAUCAUCUGAUGCCAAUCCAGCUUCAGAGCCGUGUGGCAGAGGUAAAGCGCCACUUCUAA